AAAAGAAAAGAAAAGAAAAGAAAAAAGAAAAGAGAGAAAAGAAAAGAAAGGUGAGGAUAAUCUUGCCCGGACCCACAGGGCAAGAACCCCUCAAUGUUACCUUGUUCCCCGCAGACCAUCUCUACGUGCUGUACAUGUUAACUAUCCCGCACCCACGAACGCAAAAGUACCUGUUUCUCUAUUUUGCCUUUUUAUCCAGUCCCAGAUUAUCUCCUCGCUUUGUUUUCUCCAACUCCCUUAACCUACCACCAGGGGAUUGCAUGUUACCCUCUGUGCCGCUCCUCCUUUUCUUUUAAUGUAUAAAAUCAGCUGCUCAGCUGCCAUUCUCCAGAGCACCUUCUCAAUUCCUUGAGAUUUUGCUCCCCCGCAACUGUCAGUUUGGCGCAAAUAAACUCAUAAAAAUUCCCUACAGGUUUGGACGUCUCUUAACGUCCACACUCGUUUUAGAAGUUACAUCACGGCUCCUUUCAGGAAGGCGGGCAGUCCUGCAAGCGAGUCGCCGGAGGUCGGCCGUGGGCGCUCCACGACGCGGAAGCCACGCAGGCUGAGCAAGUUCCCGCCGCAAAGUCUUCCUUACCGCAGUGCUGGGUGCGGCGACAGAAACCGAGUGGGAGGGUCUCUGGAAUCUCACUAAGCCCAAUUCCAUCCUCACCGAGCCCGGCGACUCCGGGUUCUGUGUCCACCGCGGGGCUGGCCUGGGAGCCUCCCGCACUCACCUCGCCUCGCAGUCUCUUCACUGCCGCUCCCCCGACUAUACAACACAGGCCCUGACCCAGACAAGCACGCCCCAGUCCCCUGGCCCCGCGGAGAACGUGCCCCACCGGGCCCCCGGGCUGCAACGAAGCCAGCAAAGAGCCCCUGCCACAGAUAACGGCCGGCACGGCUGACCCAGCGGUUCUGGGGCGGCGGGAGACAGAGGGCCCUCCGCGCAAGCGCAAAAGAGCCUCUGCGUCUGCGCACCGCGAGCCCCUCCCGCGCGCUUGGCCUCACGCGGCUUCUUCCCGCCUGCCUCGCGCCCUCACUUCCGGGGUUUCCCGGCGACGGCCGUAAGUGACGGACGGAAGCAGCCCACGAGGCCCGCCGUAAACGGCUCCCUCGCGCCACUUCCUGCCGGCUUCCACAGACGGCGCUGGUGGGGGAUCGAGAGGCACCGGAGGUCGUUCCCGGCGGCAGGAGCCAUGGAGAUGCCGCUGCCACCCGACGACCAGGAGCUUCGAAAUGUCAUCGACAAACUGGCCCAGUUCGUGGCUCGCAACGGGCCCGAGUUUGAGAAGAUGACGAUGGAGAAGCAGAAGGACAACCCCAAAUUCUCGUUUCUGUUCGGAGGCGACUUCUACAGUUACUACAAGUGCAAGCUAGCGCUGGAACAGCAGCAGCUCAUCUGCAAGCAGCAGGCCCCAGAGCUGGAGCCGGCCGCAGCGCUGCCACCCCUCACACAGCCCCCGUUAGCCCCUGCUGCACCCAUCCCACCCGCCCAGGGAGCCCCGUCAAUGGACGAGCUCAUCCAGCAGAGCCAGUGGAACCUGCAGCAGCAGGAGCAGCACCUGCUUGCCCUCAGACAGGAGCAGGUGACGGCAGCCGUGGCCCAUGCGGUGGAGCAGCAGAUGCAGAAGCUCCUGGAGGAGACCCAGCUGGACAUGAACGAGUUUGACAACCUGCUGCAGCCGAUCAUUGACACGUGCACCAAAGAUGCCAUCCUCGCAGCCACCUGGGACUUUCCCUGCCUUCCUGCUUUAUUCACUCCUCUUCUGACUCCAGGCAGCUCUGCAGAGACAGCCCUGUCCUACCUGUCCUCCGCCUGGACUGCUCUCCCUCCCAUGACCCACUUCCCUACUCCAGGCACUUGCUCCAGUCUCCAGCGCAAGCAGGCCAGGGAGCUGCUGGCCGCCCUGCAGAAGGUUGUGGUGCCCAUCUACUGCACCAGCUUCUUGGCCGUGGAGGAGGACAAGCAGCAAAAGAUUGCCCGGCUCCUGCAGCUAUGGGAGAAGAACGGCUACUUUGACGACUCCAUCAUCCAGCAGUUGCAGAGCCCGGCCCUGGGGCUCGGCCAGUACCAGGCAACGCUUAUCAAUGAGUACUCCUCGGUGGUCCAGCCCGUGCAGCUGGCCUUCCAGCAGCAGAUCCAGACCCUCAAGACGCAGCAUGAGGAGUUUGUCAACAGCCUGGCCCAACAGCAGCAGCAGCAGCAGCAGCAACAGCAACAGCAGCAGAUCCAGAUGCCACAAAUAGAAGCUGAAGUCAAGGCCACACCACCACCACCUGCCCCACCGCCAGCCCCUACGCCCGCCCCCGCCAUCCCGCCAACCACCCAGCCCGAUGACAGCAAGCCUCCCAUCCAAAUGCCCGGCUCCUCUGAAUAUGACGCCUCAGGAGGGGUCCAGGACCCUGCAGCCACCGGCCCCCGGGGCCCUGGGCCCCACGACCAGAUCCCACCUAACAAACCGCCGUGGUUUGACCAGCCUCACCCCGUUGCUCCUUGGGGUCAACAGCAGCCUCCCGAGCAGCCCCCCUACCCACACCACCAGGGUGGGCCACCCCACUGCCCACCUUGGAACAACAGCCAUGAGGGCAUGUGGGGUGAGCAGCGUGGGGACCCCGGCUGGAACGGCCAGCGUGACGCACCCUGGAACAGCCAGCCCGACCCCAACUGGAACAGUCAGUUCGAGGGCCCCUGGAACAGCCAGCACGAGCAGCCGCCCUGGGGUGGUGGCCAGCGAGAGCCGCCCUUCCGCAUGCAGCGGCCACCACACUUCCGCGGGCCCUUCCCACCCCACCAGCAGCACCCACAGUUCAACCAGCCACCACACCCCCACAACUUCAACCGCUUCCCGCCCCGCUUCAUGCAGGAUGACUUUCCCCCGAGGCACCCCUUCGAGCGGCCCCCCUAUCCUCACCGCUUUGACUACCCUCAGGGGGACUUCCCUGCUGAGAUGGGACCCCCUCACCAUCACCCUGGCCAUCGCAUGCCACAUCCUGGGAUCAAUGAACACCCGCCCUGGGGGGGACCCCAGCACCCCGACUUUGGCCCUCCUCCCCAUGGCUUCAACGGGCAACCGCCCCACAUGCGGCGACAGGGCCCUCCCCACAUCAACCACGAUGACCCCAGUCUGGUCCCCAACGUUCCCUACUUCGAUCUCCCCGCCGGGCUAAUGGCCCCCCUUGUGAAGCUAGAAGAUCACGAGUACAAGCCUUUGGACCCUAAAGACAUCCGCCUUCCCCCUCCCAUGCCACCCAGUGAGAGGCUGCUGGCGGCCGUGGAGGCCUUUUACAGCCCUCCUUCCCAUGACAGGCCAAGGAACAGCGAAGGCUGGGAGCAGAAUGGCCUCUACGAGUUCUUCCGAGCAAAAAUGCGGGCCCGACGGCGGAAAGGCCAGGAAAAGAGGAACAGCGGACCCUCACGGUCUCGGAGCAGAUCCAAAAGCCGAGGGCGCUCCUCCUCUCGCUCCAACUCGAGGUCUUCCAAGUCGUCUGGCUCAUACUCCAGGUCACGGUCACGCUCCUGCUCCCGUUCCCGCUCCUACUCCCGUUCCCACUCCAGGAGCCGUAGCCGAUCCCGCUCCUCAAGAAGCCGCUCGAGGUCCCGCUCCCGCUCCAGGUCCAAGUCAUACUCCCCAGGCAGGAGACGUCGGUCGCGGUCCAGGAGCCCCACUCCGCCUUCCUCAGCUGGUCUAGGUUCUAAUUCAGCACCUCCUAUACCUGACUCCAGGCUUGGGGAAGAGAACAAAGGACAUCAGAUGCUGGUGAAAAUGGGCUGGAGUGGAUCUGGUGGCCUCGGCGUGAAAGAGCAAGGGAUCCAGGACCCCAUCAAGGGGGGGGACGUGCGGGAUAAGUGGGACCAGUACAAGGGUGUGGGUGUGGCCCUGGACGACCCCUACGAGAACUACCGCAGGAACAAGAGCUACUCGUUCAUCGCCCGCAUGAAGGCCAGGGACGAGUGCAAGUAGGUGUGGUGAGGAGCUAGGCCCUCCGCCCGCAGCUUGGCAAGUGGGACCUUCCUGGCUUAUUGGAUGUGGAAGAUGGUAGGGACCUCGGUUCUCACAGCCUCCAUUUUUGGGGAGCUACAGAAGAGGACAGCCAUAGCAUACCUAGUGACCAGUGCCAUGCUCCACUGCGGGAGGCACAGGCCCCACCGGCAAACCAGCUUUCACAUAGAAGAAAGAUCCACAUGAGGACACCCUGCACUCACUCCCUGGACAGUGAAGCGAGAAACAUGAGCCUCACCCCCUGGACAAGAAUCCUUGACACCUGUAGGAAUGGAUUUUUCGUCUCUUCCCAGUCAGAUGCGAGUCUCCGCUUAAAUCAGCAAGCAUGUGUGGAGGAGGCCUUGGGCGCGCACACCAGGUGCCGGACUAGGGUGCAGCGGGCCAGCUCUACAACCUGCACCUCCCACUUACGUCGUGACAAAGCUCAGGCCAGGCGCUAGUACUGCUCACUCUUUAACAAAGGAAAAACAAAACCUUGAUUUGCAACAUUAAACAGGGUUUUCAUUUUUACUCCAAAUGGUUUAGUUUUUAAAACAUGUUGAUCAAAGAUGAUCCCCAGUGCGAUAAUUUGAAAUGAUUCCUCCAAGACAUACUGGCCCUUAGUUAUUUUAGUUAAGUUGAAUUUUUUUUUUAAACGUUAGCCAUUUGCUGUUAUUUCCAGAAAGAAAAGGACCUAAGGAGAUGGAUCUGAGACAUCUUCAGGUCACAGAAUGGUCCCCGGGGGGAUCUGUGCCCUUAAUGUCUACUUGUGUUUUUCACUUAAAAGAACCCCGACACCAGCACUUGCGUGCAAUAGUCCAUUCAGACCCAGUGUGGGGAGGAGCCACAGGCCGUGCCUCCUGCUCUGUCACUUCCUUUUCCCACCCACCCCCCUGCAACCACAAGGAGGUGAGGCCUGGAGGGAGCCACGGGGGCCACACUGGGAUCAGCUGCACUUAGUAUCUUCAGGCAGCGGGGUGUGGUGCCGUUUAUUUGUACAGAAACAUUUUCAAAAAAUUCUUUUCGAUAAGAUGCAAAAUCCUCCAACUUUUCAACCUGAUGUGAUAAAAUAUUUGAUUUUGUUCUAGGUUUCCUGUAGCUGUGAAUUGUUUAAAUGUGUCUGAUUCAGGAUAUAAAGCAUAAACACGUGCUGUUAACAAUUUCUUGUGGGUUUUACUGUUUUGCCUUCAAAUAAAGACUUUUUCAUAAAGA